AUGGCUAAAGUUGCAUCUGACAUUCGAAGAACCUUUCCUCGUACGGACGAAGUGGUCGUCUCGUACAUCUCAGGUCUCAUCGAGGAUGAAGAUGAAGAAGUCGAAGAUAUAGUAGAUAUGACUAGAGGGAUGUUAGACUCUCCCGGGGAGAGCUCGAAGGAUGGGAAAGCCUUGGACGACUUCAUGUCACGUCUUUUAACGUAUCUCGAAAGUCAGUCUUCCAAAAGAAUUCGAAAGACAAACGUUGCCACAAAACUGGACAAAACAAUUCAUAUGAGAUCCCAAGCAAUGUCAGCAACGAUCGCCAUGUCUGGUAAAGUAGAUUUAGAAUCGAAUACAAAAGGACAAGCAUCAAGAGUCGAUUUAGGUAAAUUGGCAAAAGCAGAAGCUAAGAUCAAAGCGAAAGCUGAAAAAAGAUCAAGAAGAGAUCUAUAUCAAGGUUCCAAAUUAAUCGAAUUGUCAAAACAAAAUAAACAAUCUUAUGAAGAAAUGUAUAUGAAAGUCAAUCCAUUGGAUUUAUCAGGUGCCGCAAAAGGAAAAUCAAAAGAUAUUCAUCUUACAAAUAUUGAUGUUUCUUUCGCAAGUAACAGAAUUUUAGCCGGUGCCACCCUCACUAUGGCUCAUGGAAGAAGAUAUGGUCUGAUCGGUCGAAAUGGUAUCGGUAAAUCUACCUUACUUCGUCAUUUAGCAUUGAGAGAAGUGCCCAUUCCUACUCAUAUCUCAGUCUUAUAUGUCGAACAGGAAAUAAGUGGAGAUGAUACUACUGCUCUCGAAUCAGUUCUCCAAGCAGACGUAUGGAGACAUAAAUAUAUUACGGAAGAAAAAGAACUCAAUGUUAAAAUGGAAGAAUUGGAUAAAGCCACUUCCAGAGAAGGUAUCGCUCCAGAAGAAGUUGAAGCACUUGAUAGAGAGAAAGAAGAAGUUUUGAAUACGUUGGGAGAGGUUCAAAAGACUUUGGUUGAUAUGGAAGCUGAAACUGGACCUGCAAGAGCUGGUUUACUUUUGGCAGGUUUAGGUUUCUCUGAAGACGAUCAAAAGAGAAUCACCAGUUCCUUCUCCGGAGGUUGGAGAAUGAGAUUGGCCCUUGCAAGAGCUCUUUUCGUUAAACCAGAUUUACUCAUGUUGGAUGAACCGUCGAACAUGUUGGACUUGAAUGCCAUUGCAUGGCUAGAAGAAUAUUUGCAAACUUGGAAUUCAACCUUAUUGGUCGUCUCGCACGACAGAGCAUUCCUCGAUGCCGUUGCUACCGAUAUUAUCCACCAACACUCUCAAAGACUCGACUACUACAAGGGUAACUUCUCGCAAUUCUACGCUACCAAAAUCGAUCGAGCCAAACAACAAAAGAAAGAGUACGAAACUCAAUUGGCAUACCGACAACAUCUGCAAGCUUAUAUUGAUCGAUGGAGGUACAAUGCCAAUAGAGCUGCACAAGCUCAAUCUAAGAUCAAGAUUUUGGAGAAAUUACCUGAACUUGAACCACCUGAAGUUGACGAUUCAGAAUCAUUCAAAUUCCCUGAUCCUGAAAAGAUUUCACCACCUUUACUCCAACUUGACGAAGCUACAUUCGGUUACACACCUGAGAAAACCAUCUUACGAAAUGUCAAUAUUGACGUACAAAUGGAUAGUAGAAUCGCCGUUAUAGGUCCCAACGGAGCUGGUAAAUCGACUAUGAUUAAACUUUUGACAGGAGAUUUACAACCUAUCGAUGGAAGAGCAUCACAUAAUUCAAGAUGUAGAAUAUCAUAUUUCACUCAACAUUUCGUGAAUCAAUUAGAUAUGACUGUGACUCCUGUCGCAUUCUUACAAUCUAAAUUCCCGGGUAAAGUGGAACAAGAAUAUAGAUCUCAUUUAGGUUCUUUUGGUAUAACUGGUCUAACAGGUUUACAGAAGAUUGAUACUUUAUCGGGUGGUCAAAAAGCAAGAGUCGCUUUUGCGGUUCUAUCAAUGCAAAAGCCUCAUAUCUUAUUGUUGGAUGAGCCCUCGAAUCACUUGGAUAUUGAAGGUAUAGACGCUCUGAUCGACGCCAUUAAAGUAUUCAAAGGAGGUGUUAUCUCAAUCUCGCACGACGAAAGAUUCAUCACCAACACUUCUAAUCAACUUUGGGUUUGCGCCGAUGGUAAAGUCACUAAGUUCAUGGGAGACGUCGAGAGUUACAAGAAGAUUGUCACGGAAGAAUUACAAGCCAAACUACGACCUUGA